AAUCGUUGCGCUUAUCAUGCGUACCGGUUUAGUACGCUUAACGCGAUCUCUCCCAAAGAUGCUGGAUCUUUUGGUAGAACAACUCAACUUUGGUGCCCACCGUCCGAAGCUGGCCAUUACGUGUUCCGACAUUCCUAGCCGGUACAUCGAUACGCUCAAGCAAAAAUGUGAUGUGACUGUGUGUGAAGGAACAAACCGGUCCGAUAUAUUGCGUUCCAUUUCCGGUGCGGAAGGAAUUCUAUGGCUUACCGCAGAUCGGCUCGAUUCGGAAGCAUUGGAUGUAGCUGGUCAGCAGCUGAAGGUGGUUUCUACGAUGACUUCCGGGAUGGAUUAUGUAGCUGCAGAAGAGUUCAGCAAGCGCGGUAUUGCUCUUGGCCAUACGCCGAAGGUUGUAAACGAUCCGGUAGCGGACAUUGCGAUCGGUUUAAUGUUGGCUGCGGCUAGACGUUUUCACGAAGGCCGGAUGAAGAUUGCAACCGGUCAAUGGGAAAUGCGACCACAGUGGAUGCUGGGACAAGAUGUUCCCGGUUCGACAGUCGGUAUCGUUGGGUUUGGUGGGAUUGGACAGACGAUCUUGAAACGCUUGAAAGGUUUCGACAUUGGAAGGUGUCUGUAUACGGGUAGGAAUCGAAAGGUGGAAGCUGAACAAGGUGGAAGCGGUGCUUCUUAUGUGGAUUUUGCUACACUACUUCGGGAAAGUGAUUUCGUAUUUAUUGCCUGUCCGCUAACGGGUGAAACGGCAAAUAUGUUUAAUCGGGAAACGUUUGCAUUGAUGAAACCGUCCAGCGUGCUGAUCAAUGUAGCACGCGGAGGGAUCGUCGAUCAACCGGCGUUGGUAGAGGCGUUGACAAAUGGGACGAUUUUUGCUGCCGGUUUGGAUGUGAUGACACCGGAACCGUUGGAUACGAAUGAUCCGCUCCUAUCGCUACCGAACUGUGUGGUGGUCCCUCACCUCGGAACGGCUACUAAGCAAAGCCUGCUUGAUAUGUUUACGAUCACCGCCAACAACGUUCUUUCCGUUCUUGCAGGUGGGUCCCUUGUUGCACCGUUCCAUAAAUCAUAAAAUAAAUAUAUAUUCGUUUAA